AUGUCGGACCACGAGUUUGGAGGCAAUGAUGACCUCUCACUGCCCAAAGCUACUGUUCAGAAAAUUGUCACGGAAAUCUUGCCGUCCUCGGCCGGUGUCGCCUUUGCUAGGGAGAGUCGCGAUCUGCUCAUAGAAUGUUGCGUCGAGUUUAUCACCCUAAUCUCAUCGGAGGCAAACGAGAUUUCCGAAAAAGAGGCCAAGAAGACGAUAGCCUGCGAUCACAUCACAAAGGCGCUCGAGCAGCUCGGCUUCUCCGAUUACGUACCAGCCGUCAUGGAAGCGGCAGCAGAACAUAAAGAAGUACAGAAGGGGAGAGAGAAGAAAUCAGACAAGUUCGCAAACAGCGGCAUGUCUAUGGAGGAACUCGCUCGUCUUCAAGAAGAACAGUUUGCUCAAGCCAGGCAGCGCCACGGUUGA